GUGUGGAGUAUCUGGACCUCUACCUCAUGCACUGGCCUGGAGUUCCCAACGCUGAGCCUGGUCACGAGAACGAAGCGCGUGUGCGUGUCUGGAAGGAAAUGGAGGCCCUGUACGCUAAGGGAUUGGUCAAGGCGAUAGGCGUCUCCAACUUUAUGGUUCCACACCUGACUGCGCUUUUGGGGUCUGAGGAGGUUACGGUUCUGCCCCAUGUCAAUCAGGUAUAUGUUUGGUGUUGA